AUGUCUUCUCCCCUCAACGGGGUAGCAGCAGCAAGCUGCUGCAGACUCUUAACAGCAGCAGACAACGAACGGGGCCCCCCAGCAGCAGCAGCAGCAGCAGCAGCAGCAGCAGCAGGGGACGAGGGCCUCCCCCCCAGCAUAGCAGCAGCAGGCGAUGAAGAGGGGGGGCCCCCCUGCACAGCAGCAGCAGACGAGGAGAGGGGGCCCCCCAUGGCGUCAAGGGGGGCCCCCGGGCUGCUGAGGGGCUCGCGGGGGCCCCAGAGCCUUGCUGCUGCAGUUGGCGGUGCUGCAGCAGCAGCAGCAGGAGGAUCAAAGGCAGACAAAAUAUCAGCAGCAGCAUCAGCAGAAGAAUAA